AAAAAACUAGUUGGAUUUGGUGCGGAUGGUGCAUCCGUUAACAGAGGGAGCAAGUCGGGCGUUAAAAUGUUGCUCAAGGCUGAAGUCCCCUGGAUCACGUUUGGCUGGUGUGUAGCACAUCGUCUCGAGUUAUCAUUAAAAGAAAAAUUAGGAAAAACAGCCUCAUUCAAUGACGUUGAUUACAUGAUUUUAAAAAUGCAUUACAUUUACAAAAAAUCCCUCAAAAAGUUAAGACAGUUGGGUGAACUCAUUUCUAUUUUAGAAGAUGAUGAAUAUAACAUUGGUGGUUACCGACCUAAGAAAGCCUCCGGUACACGAUGGAUUUCACAUAAAGUUCAGGCUUUAGAAAUGAUUUUAGAUAAAUACGGUGUUUAUUUAACACAUCUGGAAAAUAUGACUGAAGAUAUAACAUUUACCAAUGCUGAAAGAGCUAAGUUUAAAGGAUACCACAAAAAGUGGAUUCAUGCUAGAAUGCCCCCUUUAUAUCGCGUUGUUUAUUGAGAUUUUAGCACCAGCAAAGAUGUUGUCAAAAUGUUUUCAAAGUGAUGAGAUAGAUGUGUUGGCUUCAUCAGGGUUUGUUCAACAAGCUAAAAGCCAUUUAAAUCGUAUUCAAAAAACAAAGUUUAUUAAUUUGCCAACAGUAAAACGUUUUCUCGCCAAAGUGACUGAAAAAGAAGGAAAGUUUUAUUUCCAGGGUGUUGCACUUAACGACUUUGUAAAUGCUAAACAUUUAGUAAAAAAGUCUAAAUCUAUUCAUAUCGAGUUGGUAACAAAUUCAAUCAUAGAGCGUUUGGAAACAAGCGAUACUAUUACUGAUAUGUAUGGUACAAAAGUUUUAAAUACAGAAGGUUGGCUUCAAAGUAUUGAAAAUGAAACAUUCCUGGAUGAAGGAAUAGAAAAUCUUUUUGACUUUUAUAGAGCACCGUUGCGACAUGCUGGUUUUGCAGGAACUGUAAAUGAUGUUUUGGAUGCUUGGCAUAGCUUGGUAAACUACACUGUAAAAUAUUUAGCACCACAUAAUACCGGUUAUCGUAAGUUAUGGCAUCAAAUUUUUUCUAGCUCAAUGAAAAAUGAAUGGGUUCCGGUUUUACUUAUUGUCAAACUAUUAUUUACUUUGCCUGUUUCUAAUGCCAA